GCGAUCCGCGCUGCCUCGGCGGGAUCGGGGAGCGCCGUGGGAUCUGCUCGGCUCCCCUUCCCUCUCCCGCACCCCGCCGAGCGCGACGGACGGCCCGGAUUGCGGGCGGGAGGGUCGCGCCAGCUCCGAGGGGUUUGAAAUUCCUGCCCCGUCGGGCCGAACAAAGAGCGGGGCAGCCUCCGGACCCCUCCCCUGCACCUCCCACGCCUCGGGCGCUCACCCGCGGAGCGGAUCCCGUUCCCACCCCCUGCCUAGGUCUCCCCUCCUUUGCCCGCAGCCGGCCGAGCAGGCGAGAGGGUGCGCACCAUGUGGAUCCAGGUCCGCACCAUCGACGGCACGGAGACCCAGACCAUCGACGACCUGAGCCGCCUCACCAAGAUCGAGUGCCUGCGGGAGAAGAUAGAGGAGACCUUCCGCGUGAGCCCCGACCGCCAGCGGCUCUUCUACCGGGGCAAGCAGCUAGAAGAUGGACACACUUUAUUUGACUACAAUGUUGGACUAAAUGACAUAGUUCAGCUUUUGAUACGUUCUGAUUCUGAAGUUCCUACCACUACAUCUGUGGCAGAUCAGGAUGGAGAAGUCAAUCCCUGUGCUAUUUCUAACUGCAAGAAUAAAGUCAAAAAAACAAACAGUGGAUCACCCAGUCAGCCAUCUACAUCAUCUCGCUCCUUUCUCAUUGAUCCUGGCAUUGGAUUGUACAAGAUAAAUGAAUUGGUGGAUGCCCGUGAUAUCAGCAUUGGAGCCUGGUUUGAAGCUCAUAUAGAAAAUGUUACCCGAGCAACAAAGGGACAUAAGAAUGGUAAAGCUCAAGGGAAGAGUGGUAACACUUACAAAAGGACUAAUGGAAACUUAAAUCAAGAUCAUUCUAGAGAAAAUGCAAACUUGGACAGUACACCUUCCACAUCUUAUUCAGACUGUAUGGACACUGAUGAAGAAGCUAUUUAUCAUAUCAAGUAUGAUGAGUACCCAGAGAAUGGCGUCAUAGAAAUGGACACAGUUAAUCUUCGACCCCGAGCAAGAACCAUUCUGAAGUGGAGUGAACUAAAAGUGGGUGAUGUGGUGAUGGUUAACUACAAUGUUGAGACACCAGAAGAAAGAGGAUUUUGGUUUGAUGCAGAAAUUACCUCUUUGAGAGAAAUCUCAAGGACUAACAAAGAGGUUCAUGCUAAAAUUCUGCUGGGAGGUCCAGAAGACACAAUAAAUGAUUGUAAAAUCCUUUUUAUAGAGGAAAUGUACAAGAUUGAAAAGCCAGGAGCCUAUCCAUUGACAUUUGGGGAUGGAGAUUUCAAAAGAAAAAGUGGCCCUGAAUGCAAGCACUGUAGGGCUGAUCCCGAUAAGGAGUGCCGAUUUUGUUCGUGUUACUUGUGUGGUGGCAAACAAGAUGCUCACAUGCAACUCUUGUGUGAUGAAUGUAAUAUGGCUUAUCAUAUAUACUGCCUGAACCCUCCUUUAAGCAAGAUACCAGAAGAUGAAGACUGGUAUUGUCCUUCCUGCAAAAAUGAUUCUAAUGAAGUUGUAAAGGCUGGAGAAAAACUCAAACAGAGUAAAAAGAAAGCAAAGAUGCCAUCUGCCAGUACUGAAAGCCAGAGAGACUGGGGAAAGGGCAUGGCCUGUGUUGGUCGCACUAAGGAAUGCACUAUUGUUCCUUCAAAUCAUUAUGGGCCUAUACCUGGUGUUCCUGUUGGGACAACCUGGAAAUUCAGAGUUCAGGUGAGCGAAGCAGGUGUUCACAGGCCCCAUGUUGGUGGAAUCCAUGGACGCAGUAAUGAUGGAGCUUACUCACUCGUACUAGCUGGGGGAUUUGAAGAUGAAGUGAGCGUUAAACCAAAGGAUAAUCUUCUUGCACAGGAUCGAGGAGAUGAGUUCACUUACACUGGGAGUGGAGGUAGAGAUCUUUCUGGCAAUAAAAGAAUUGGAGAACAUUCAUUUGAUCAGACAUUAACACACAUGAAUAGGGCACUGGCCCUUAACUGUGAUGCCCCACUGGAUGACAAAAAUGGAGCAGAGUCAAAGAAUUGGAGAGCUGGUAAACCAGUUAGAGUAGUGCGCAGUUCAAAAGGACGACGGAUCAGCAAAUAUGCCCCAGAGGAAGGCAACAGAUAUGAUGGCAUUUACAAGGUGGUGAAAUACUGGCCAGAAAUUGGAAAAUGUGGAUUUUUAGUUUGGCGCUAUCUUCUGAGGAGAGAUGACGUUGAGCCUGCACCUUGGACUUCAGAAGGAAUGGAGCGGUCAAAGAAGCUGGGUCUAAGCGUACAGUAUCCAGAAGGUUAUUUGGAAGCCAUGGCUAGUAAGGAGAAGAAAGAUAAGGUUAAAAAGCACACUGUGAAACAGGAGGCAACCAGCCAAAGUAAUGGAAACCAGAAAAGGCCGAUUGAUGAUGCAGGUACAGAGGAGCCUACAAAUACACCCAAAGCCAUGAGGAUGGGAGAUGGAGGGAAAGGAGAAGCUUUCCAGCUCACCCAAGAGCAGCAAUGGCUGAUUAGAGAAGACUGUAUGAACCAGAAGCUGUGGGAUGAAGUACUUGCUUCUCUUAAGGAAGGACCAAAUUUUCUGAAGAAACUGGAACAAUCCUUUAUGUGUGUCUGCUGCCAGGAGUUGGUUUACCAGCCAGUGACAACAGAGUGCCUCCACAACGUCUGUAAAAGCUGUUUACAGCGCUCCUUCAGAGCCGAAGUGUUCACCUGCCCUGCCUGCCGCUAUGACCUGGGGAAGGGGUACACCAUGGCUCCCAACAAGAUCCUGCAGACACUACUGGACCAGUUCUUUCCGGGUUACAGUAAAGGACGAUGAUGUGCUCAGACCCUUCUGUACUUCUCCCAGUGACUUUAUAGACAGUAGAGGGGAAUAAACAUGGGAAAUACAGCAGUGGACCAGCCAGCUUGAUGGGACUCAAUAUAUUGUCACAUUUUGAAGCAGCUAGCCCUCUUCCCCUCAUAACCCCUUCUUGGUGUUGUGAGAACUCUAUUUCUCAGCUGUCUUUUAACAUCAAGGGUAGUUUUGGCCAGUUAACAAAUAAUUUUUAAACAAGAAGGAAGAGAAGGGAAGGGAAG